CUUACAUUGAUGUUAGGGCUUCGAUUUCUCAAAAAUGAUUGUUGUCGACAGAUUACUCGAAGAUGAUUGUGGUUGACAGAUUGCUUGAAGACAACUAUGAUUCGAGCAAGAAUCGGAAUAAGAAAGACAAUAGUUCUUGCCUGAGAAGAAGACGACCGAAGGGUUGUUGAUUUGGGGCAAGCCGGAUGAAAAUCGGUUUUGUUUUAGGGCCCGAGACGACGUCGUUGUUGGAGAGACUGUUGGGUUAUUUAUUUUUGCUUUGACCGACACCGUUCCGCUUAACAGCACACUGUGUGCUGUUAAACCACUAACAGCAAAGGAGCCCCACCCCAAUCAGAUACAGAAACCGAAAAAUGUCGAGCUCCCAAUGUAUACAGAACCCACCCAGCGUCAACUCAACAUGUGGAUCAGGGAGCGUCCAAGAACUUGGGGGUUUUCAAACUUACCUCACUGGACCAGAAGAUUCCAAGGAUGCCAUCCUUUUAAUUUCUGAUGUUUUCGGAUGUGAAGCUCCGAACUUAAGGAAGCUUGCAGACAAAGUUGCUGCUGCUGGAUUUUUGGUGGUGGUCCCUGAUUUUUUCUAUGGUGACCCUUAUGAUGUCAACAAGGAUCUACAAUCAUGGAUAAAGUCUCAUGCCGUGGACAAAGGAUUUGAAGAUGCUAAGACAAUAAUUUCUGCUUUGAAAAUUAGAGGAGUAUCUGAUGUAGGAGCUGCAGGCUUUUGCUGGGGUGGUAUGGUAGCUGCAAAACUAGCACAGUUUGAUUAUAUUAAGGCAGCAGUUAUAUUGCAUCCUGGUCCCCUCACAGUUGAGGACAUAAAUGCUGUCAAGGUUCCAACUGCACUAUUGGGAGCUGAGAUUGACCACCUUGCCCCACCUGAACAAAUCAAGCAUUUCGGGGAGAUUUUAUCAGGAAAAAAUGUUGAUAGCUUUGUCAAGAUAUUUCCUGGUGUUGUUCAUGGAUGGACAACGAGAUACAAAGACGAUGAUGAAUCAGCUGUCAAGAGUGCAGAGGAGGCUCAUGCGGACAUGUUAAAUUGGUUUAUCAAGUAUCUCAAGUGAGAUGAUUCUACGGGAAUCCAGUGUUCAUGAGAUUUAAUGGCUGGUAAGGGUGCGAAAAAGGCUCACUCAUACAUGUUAGAUUGAAUAAUACCGAGUUAUAGAAUAAUAUCCUGUGUUGUAAGGGGAUGUGUUGAUUGUUUAUGAAGAAUCUUAAGUUAGCUGUUAUCAGAUUAUAGAACACCUAGUGUAUGAUACAUUGGCUUUUAUCGUAAUUAGAUGUGAGCGCAUUGUGACCGAUAUGAAAUACUAUGAGAGAUAUGGUUGAAAUACUUUGGAUUAGCUGCUGCUUUGAAAUUCUGGAAGGUUUGAAGAUUGGAAAUACUUU